AUGUGGUGUUGCUUGUAUUUCGCAAUAAUUUUUUUCCCAGUUGCUUUGGGCAAAACAUGGUUUUGGUACCACUGAUCAGGAUUGGGGUUUUGUGACCGUUAGGGAAAAAGCUCACAUGUUUUGGUGGCUCCAUUAUACAACAGCGAAGGUUGAAAAAUAUACGGAUAAACCUCUGAUUAUCUGGUUGCAAGGUGGACCAGGAUCGUCUUCCACUGGAUACGGAAAUUUUGCUGAACUGGGACCAUUGGAUUUGAGUUUAGAACCCAGAAUUUAUUCCAUUUGGCUGUUCCACACUAUAUUUUUUUUUAUAUUUUAACAUAUUUUUCUAAUUGUUUUAGGUUUUGGCUAUGUAGACAGCAGUAAUGCCUAUGUGCAAAACAAUACUCAAAUUGGAAAAGACUUUUUGGUAUUUCUAAAGCAAUUUUUUGAAUCAGUACCUGAAUUUAAAACGGUGCCGUUGUACAUAUUUUGUGAAUCAUAUGGUGGAAAAAUGACUGCUGAAAUUGCUUUGGUUAUUGAUAAGGCUAUCAAGAAUGGUGAUAUCCGAGCCAACUUAAAGGGUGUAGGUUUAGGAGACUCCUGGAUAUCUCCAGUUGAUUCAAUUUUGACAUAUGCUCCAUACCUAUUAACUCUUGGACAAAUAGAUCAACAGGGAUACAAUUUAAUCAUGGAAGUAGCAAAUAAACUCAAAUCUGCAGUGGACCAAAACGAUAUGACGACAGCUAUGGAUUUGUGGGAUUCAAUUGAUUUCAAUAUUAAUUCCUUAACUCAUACAGAUUUUUAUAACGUUUUAACAAUGGCUCCAUCAGAUUCAUCAAAUACGCUAAAGAAAUUUGGACCGAUAAGAAGCUACAACUUAAAAGAAGAAUUAGAUUUGGGCAUAAUAAUGAACAGAGGAGUUGCACCAGCUCUUAAUAUUUCACGAGAAUGGGUGAAUCAAAAUGACAAUGUGUAUAACUGGCUUGCAGAUGAUUUUUUAAACCCCGUUACCGAAGUUGUAGAAAAACUUCUUAACGAAACUGACCUUACUGUUGCAGUAUAUAAUGGCCAAUUAGAUUUAAUUGUAAGCACCCUUGGUACACUAAAUUGGGUAAAAAAUCUUCAUUUCAACGGUAAAGACAGUUGGGAUGCCACUUCCAAAGUUGGAUUUGCAAUUGAUGGAUACUAUCAAGGAUAUGUUAAAAAACAUGGAAACUUCGCGUUGUAUUGGGUAGAUAGAGCAGGACACAUGGUGCCCAGAGACAAUCCUUCUGCAAUGUAUUAUAUUUUAAAAGACGUCACUAACAACUUUGAAGUAUAA